ACUGAGUCCGAAGCAAUGGAAUGGAUAUCUGCCCAGGAGCAGGGUGACUCAGAAGAGCAAGGAGGCCCGGCCCAGACAGACGGACGUGCUACUCAACUUCCUGAAGAGAUCCUCAGGUCCUGUACUGAUGAGGUACUGAGUUCUGGUUCCAUCAGCUCCUCCAGAGAGGAACAAUCCUGUUCCCACAUCUCUGAGAGCCCACUAGAGAGCGAGAAGGCACCUACAAGUUCAGAAGAACGAGACGAGCAGCCAGAACUUUCAGUCUUACAGAAGCAUGAAAAUAAGCUGAGUCAAAAGUGGAUCAACCACAUCAAGCUCAAAGAAAUUAAUUCCGAAAGAUACCAAUCCGACAGUAGACUCCUAACAGAAACCCCUGGCGGGUCCGCCGAAGAACUGAAUGCCCUGCAGUCUUUCUGUACUAUGAAAGUAAACCUGAUCCACCAGAGAGAGGAUUCAAGAGCAAAGAAAAGCCGCAGACGCAAAAGGCUGCAGUUCAGAGGGAUUGCAGAGACUUCAGAGGAAGAUGCUUGCAGUUGUAUUGUUCCCGAUGAACUGUGGAACAGAGUCUAUUUGAAGAACACGAGGGCGACUCUAGCGCACAUAGGGGCUGUUAAGCAACAUGUUUCUUCCCAGUGUCCCAGUUGCAUUAGCAAAAGAGCACAGCUGGCUCGGUCUGACUUCCUGAAACGUAGGAAGACUCUUCUAGAGUCGCUUCUACUUCAAGAGAAAAUAGACGAACACCUUCAUACCACAGACCUUCUCACCCGUGUUGGAGAAGCACAUCGGGGCUUCCCCAGGCUUUCAGAUGAUCCUAGGAUCAUCUGGGAGAGAGUGACUGGGAAAAUUCAGAUGGGAAGCUCUGGCUUUGGAAAGGCAGAUUCAAAGCAGGUGUAAAGUCUACCACUUCUCAAACCACUUAUCCAACUAGCUAGGAGGCUCUGACUGCUUAUGAUGAUAUAUAAUGUGUCCAACCAGGGCAUGGUGUUAUUAAUGAUUAGUAGUAACAACGUGAUGUGCAUACAGGGCAUGGUGUUAUUAAUGAUUAGUAGUAACAACGUGAUGUGCAUACAUGUUCCUUUUGCGUAUUUGAGUAAUUGCCAUCUUUUAUAGAGGAAAUUUAGAACCUGAUAUAAGAUUUCCUUCUUCCUUCAUGGAGCUAAAUAAUUCCAUGCAAUAGUUUUUUUUUUUUUUUCCACUAUGGAAGAUAAUUGGAGUAGUUACAAAAUCUUUAUAAUCUAGGAGAACAAUAGAUAUUGGUAGUUUGGAGUGAGGGUUGUCACUACAGAAAUAAAGAAGAAACCAGAUGUAAGAUAGGAAGCAUGGCUGCCUGGUUUUGUUGAUGAAAUGGCUGCAGGGAUUUAAUAAAAACUAAAUGUUAAAAAGA